AUGCCUGAACAUGGCCGCCAGACCCCUCGGUCUCCCCAGCGCAAGGCUUUGCGUCCACAGAAGAUCCAGGCACCUUCGUCGCCCGGCGAGUCCAGUUCGGGCAUCACGCGAACGGCCACGCCUGCAGCCUCGCGUGGAGCCGACGACAGGCGACGACGCGAGGAGAGGAUCCGGGCCUCCAGCAGCGCCAGUGGUCUUGCCCGGCCGCCAACCAGCGACCUGUCGGGCUCAUCACCUGUUCCUCCGCCGAAUCCGGCUUCCCUGCCGCUGAUACGAAGCCACACGCCCGGUCACCACUCGUCCAAGAGCCACGAUCGGCGCCGCAAGGCAUCCGAGCUGUCGAUUCGCCAGCGCUCGCAGUCGACGGUUGGCCCAUCGGUUGCUGCUGCUGCUGCUGCUGCUGCUGCUUCUGAUCUGGGCAGCUACACCGAUCCGAGCAGCUUUACCCAGCUGGCCUCGUCGCCCUCGUCGUCGACCUACUUUUCCAUGGCGGUACCUCCUUCGACCAGCAAAACACCAGGACCACCAGGACCACCAGGCCCGCCACCACAGCCGCCAUUGGUCAUCAGCCGAGCCUCGACACGGUCUCCCCACAGCGCACCGGCCAGCGAGCCCCGAUCAGUACGCAGCGGAUCGCCGACACGGACAAGAGCCCCGUCAGCCUCCUCGGGCAGCCGACGGCCGCUGGCCAUGCGGUCAACAUCGUCCAUUGCCAGCAAGCCAGGCAGCCAGGGCAACAACAGCAACAUCGAAAGCGCGCCGGCAGCAGCACCACCCUCGACCGCAUCCCGCUACGUGAGCUCAUCACGCGGACGGACACGCAGCAUUGGCACCGAUGGUGGCCGCACCAACAGUGGCGGAGCCUCGACGCCGACGAUCAACAGGAACGGCACGGCCACAGCCACAACUACAGCCCCGAGCAUUGUGCCGUUUCCGGCCCUGAUCGACCCCAGCAUGGCGCCAGAUGUGCCGUCAGCCCCGUCGUCAGGCAUGUACUGGUCACGGGCACCAGUGUCGGGGGCCGGCCACCCGGCACUACGCGCCCACACGGCCACGCUGAUCGGCUCCAACGUGUACAUCUUUGGCGGCUGCGAUGCGCGGACCUGCUUCAACGAGCUGUUCGUGCUCGACGCCGACGCCUUUUUCUGGUGGCGGCCACCGGUCGUCGGCGACGUGCCGCUGCCGCUGCGCGCCAUGACCUGCACGGCCGUCGGCAAGAAGCUGGUCGUCUUUGGUGGCGGCGAUGGGCCCGACUACUACAACGACGUGUACGUGCUCGACACCACCACCUUUCGCUGGACGCGGCCGCGCAUCGCCACCGACCGGCCCAUGCCGUCCAAGCGCCGCGCCCACACCGCCUGUCUGUACAAGAACGGCAUCUACAUGUUUGGCGGCGGUGACGGCGUCCAGGCCCUCAACGACGUCUGGCGCCUCGAUGUCAGCGACAUGACCAAGAUGUCGUGGAAACUGAUCAGCGCCCCAACCAUCGUCAGCUCGGGUGGCAGCUCGGCCAAGAUUUCCGGCUCAGCCACAACAUCCUUAACCUCGUCUGCGCCUUCAUCAACCACGACGCUCGGCCGUGAUCGAGAUCGAGACCGAGACCGAGACCGAGAUCGAGACCGAGACACACAACCCCGACCCCGAGCCCGCGGCUACCAUACGGCCAACAUGGUCGGCAGCAAGCUGGUCAUCUUUGGCGGCUCGGAUGGCGGCGAGUGCUUUAAUGAUGUCUGGGUCUACGACGUCGACACGCGCAUCUGGCGCGCCGUCACCAUGCCGACGGCCUUUCGGCGGCUCUCGCACACCGCCACCAUCAUCGGAUCAUAUCUCUUUGUCGUCGGCGGCCACGACGGCACCGAGUACUCCAACGAGGUGCUCCUGCUCAACCUCGUCACCAUGGUCUGGGACCGCCGCAAGGUCUACGGACUGCCGCCCAGUGGCCGCGGCUACCACGGCGCCGCCCUGCACGACAGCCGCCUGCUGCUGAUCGGCGGCUUCGACGGCACCGAGGUCUUUGCCGAUGUUUGGAUCCUCGAGCUGGCCGUCCACGCAUACUACUCGCAGAUCAGCCAGUUCACCGUGAACGUGUGA